AUGGGCACGGACCUGUACGCCGACGAGCCAUGCUGCCCUGAUACUCCGACAUCAUCCACUGCCGUCCAAUCAAUCGAUACAUUCUGUGGAGCAUCAGCUUCUAUCGUUCAUUCAACGUCUUCAGUGGAUGAUGAUGAUCAAUAUUCCUCUUCUUCCCCUACCCCCUCAUCUACAGUAUCCUCAUCCCCCUCUUCCUCUCCUUCACAAUCCCCCGUCCAACGUCCUUUCAAAAUCAUCGUCCAGAAGCAGACUUUUUAUAUUGACGCCGAAAACCUCAGCCAACUAUCGCCCAUCUUCUCAAUUAUGUGCUUUGGGAAGGAUUUCGACAAAAUGGAAGAGCCAGGGCGAGAGAUUGUGGAUGAAAAGAGCUCAGAUGUAAAAACAUUCCUGGAUGCUGUUGAAGAUCACUCACUCAUUAAGGUGCGCAACGUUCCUGUACUCCUCCGUCUCGCCAACAAAUACCAAAUGCCGUCAAUUGUUGAUGCUUGCGAGCAAUUUAUGAGGCGACUCAACCUUGAUGCACUGACGGCCACCGAGGUGCUUCAACUCCUGCUGGCAGCAGAUGAAUGGCAUUCAGCAAAAGAUGUGGUCGUCCGGUUGAUCCGUCGCUUGGCCAACGAAGAAAAAACCACUUUUAACAAGUUGAAGCUGUCGCGGCGACUUCCUGCGCAGAUGUAUGGCUGUGUAAUCGGGACGAAUCUGAACCUCUGCCAACUCAAAGAAGCCGAGCAGAUGAAUGGUCAUUGGUUGCAUUGUGUCGGGUCUCGCGCUCGCUGGUACCGUGCCCCGUGUGAUUACUGUAAGCUGAUCACCGAGUGCUCCAAUUGUACGCAGUGCAGAAAGACGAUGUGCCGCGACCACCUAAAAGAAAAUAAAUGCCGUGACAGCUACGGGACGCGAAUGCUUGCCGAAUUGAGGGAAAAUAUCGUCGAGUUGGACUGGGAA